AUGGAGUUAACUGCUGCAACACUCGCAGUAAAGCAAGACAGUAUGAUCAAGAGGGAAAUGAAUAUGGAGUUGGAUGAGACAGUAUUUUGGACGGACAGUCAAACAGUUCUGAAAUACAUUGCCAACGAAACUGCCAGAUAUCCAGUAUUUGUGACAAACAGACUGAGUAUCAUCCGAGAUGGAUCAGAGACAAAUCAGUGGAAGUACAUUCCUACCAAGUUAAACCCGGCAGAUCAUGCAUCCAGAGGAUUGGGUGCCAGUGAACUAACCAAGAAGAGGGAAUGGUUUGAAGGCCCAGAAUUCCUAAAGCAGUCUGAAGAAAUAUGGCCAUCUGAGGGUGUGAAAGCUCCAGCAAGAAUGGAGAAAGCUGAUGAUACUAUGUCAGGAGAUUUGGAUGAGACUCACAUUCAUGCCACAAUGAUAAACAAGGAGGAUCCAAUAAGUGCACUCCUGUCGCACUAUUCUGAUUGGGAUAAGCUGAAACGAGGAGUUGCCUGGAUAUUGAAGUUCAAGAAAAUGCUACAAGGAAAGGGGAAAGGAAUAGAUGGCAAUUCCAGUGAAAUGUUCAGCCUGACAAAUAAGGACAUUGAAGAUGCCGAAGUUGCAAUUGUUAAACAAUUGCAACUUGAAUCAUUCCCAGAGGAAAUGAAACGACUGGCUGGUCACAGAGAAGAGAAAGGAGUACCAAAACGCUCUACCCUUAGUAACCUUGAUCCAGAAUUGAGCAAUGGGUUACUUCAAGUAGGUGGAAGGUUGCAGAAUGCCCAGAUUCCAAGCAGUGCUAAACAUCAAUACAUCCUACCAAAGAAGUAUCAUGUAACCACUCUUUUAAUGCAAUACAUCCAUAGGAGAGUUGGUCAUCAGGGACAAAAUCACAUGGUAGCUGAAUUACGACAGAAAUUCUGGGUGGUAGGAGCUGGAGUUUUAGCACGAAACAUAGCAAGGAAAUGCAUCAUUUGUAGAAAGAACCAAGGAAAGGCUGGUCAUCAGAAAAUGGCAGAACUUCCAAGAAGUCGAGUUCAGAGUGACGAGCCGGCGUUCACCAGAGUUGGCAUGGACUAUUUUGGUCCUUUUGAAAUAAAGUGUGGAAGAAGCAUAAGGAAAAGAUAUGGCGUAAUCUUCACAUGCCUGUCCUGCAGAGGGGUGCACAUUGAAGUUGCAUCGAGUCUAGACACAAGCUCCUGUAUUGAGGCUAUUCGUCGCUUCAUCAGCCGCCGAGGACCUAUGAAAGAGAUGUUCUCGGAUAAUGGUACAAAUUUAGUAAGAGCUGAAAGGGAACUGAAGCAGGCAUUAAAGGAGCUGAAUCAAGACCAGCUGAUCAACUUUCAUGCAAACCAUGGCAUGAAAUGGCAUUUCAAUCCUCCUGCUGCUUCCCAUCAGGGGGGAGUAUGGGAACGCCAAAUUAGAACAGUCAGAAAAAUACUGUGUGCAGUCAUGAGAGAGCAGUAUCUAAAGUCCUACCAGAAUGAGGAGCAGCUCCAUACAUUCAUGUGUGAAGUGGAGGCCGUCAUAAAUAGUAGGCCUCUUACCCGAUGUUCAGACAACCCAAAUGAUCUGGAUGUAAUCUCACCAAACAGCUUGCUGACUAUGAAGGGUUCAACGACGCUACCUCCAGGGAUCUUCGACGACAAGGACAUCUACGCAAAGAAGCGGUGGAAACAGAUGCAGUACUUGGCAGACCUAUUCUGGAAGAGGUGGGUGCGAGAGUACCUGCCUUCUCUACAUCGCCGACAAACGUGGCUGCAGCCAAGUCGUAACCUUCAGGUGGGGGACAUUGUACUCGUCAUAGACGAAACAGCGCACAGAUGUUCCUGGUCCAUGGCCCGAGUGCAAGAGGUUAUGCCAGACAACAAGGGGUUCGUCCGCAGAGCGAAAGUGAAAACUGCAAUAACAUCGCUAGUAAGGCUAGUAACCAAGUUGUGUAUUCUACUGGAGCAGGAAAUUUGA